AUUGCGUCGUUCCCAUGGGCUGUACCUAGGCGGGAGGGACGAGGCUUCUUCGUGGUGGUCGUGCACGCCCUUUCCCUUCCCCGUUUCCCCGUUUCCCUCUCCUCUCGCUCGCUCUUUCACUGUGUUGUAAGUUGCUGGCACCAUUGCUUCCGAAGUCGUAGAUUUCGUUGGCCAGCUGCUUCGGAUCUCCACCUCCACCUCCACCUCCUCCACCUUCCCCGACUCGUCCUGCUUUCUUUCUCCUCUGCCUGGUCUGGUUUGGUGAUAUUUCUGUCUUCGGGUGGCGGUGUAGUAGGACAGGGGCCUCGAACCAGAGUGGAGGAGGUGGAGUGUGGACGUGAUGUUUUCAUUGGCACUGUUCGCUUAUGAAACUACAUACGGGAUAGUUUCUUAUCUGAAAGAGUGUGACUAGUUCUUAGAGUAGAGCUUCACAGUGUAGGCCUGGAGGCUGUGACCGGAUAAUGUUUAUGGAAGCGCUGCUAUGAAAUUGCUUCCUUUGCAUCAUUGAGGCUUGGAUUCUGAUAAGGGUUCCUACUUUGGCGGGUUUGGAGAACAAGCCUUGUAGGAGCACCAAUCGAGACUUUUUGUUGCGUGUGCUCCAAUUUGGGAGCAAUGGCACCAGCAGCACAAUCUGAGGGCCCAAGAACAAGUUCAACGACGAUGAGAAAUAGUGAGCUGGGAAAUCCCAUACCAAGGGUAAAGGUCGAUUUAACAGAGGAUGAUUUUCGAGAAUCAGCAUAUGAAAUCAUGCUGGCUGCAACCGGGACCGCGGCUUUAAGUGCAAGAAGCGUGGGAUCAGCACGUUCUAAGCCUGAUAAGGGCAUAACAGCAGUGGCUGCCAGCCGUAUGAAAAAAGCUCUUGGUCUCAAGUUGAACACCGGUGUAUCUAGGAGAGGAGGAAAACCUCGUACAACAGCUGAGCUCAUGCGAGACCAAAUGUUAAUUGCCGAUACCGUCGACUUGAGAACACGCCGGGCUCUUUCUCGUGCUGCAGCUGGCCAGGCCAGCAGGCGCACCGAACACAUGCUGGUUCCUCUUGAGCUCUUGCAAAAUAUUCCAGCUUCAGCGUUCACGGACUCCUCGGAGCACGUGCGCUGGUUAAAAAGACAACUUCGGAUAUUGGAAGCAGGGCUUCUGGCCCACCCACUUGUUCGAGGUGACUCUCAAGGAGUGGAAGCUCUUCGGCUUCGACAGUGCUUAAAGGAGAUGUACUGCAGGGCCUCAGAUACUGGUAAGAACACAGAGAGCAUUCAAGCCUUACGAAACGCAGCGAUGGCACGCGCAGGAAGGCCACUCAAUGGAGAGAGUAACGAAGACGUUCUACAUUGGGCGGAUGGGUAUCCGUUUAACAUUAACCUCUACGUGGCUCUGCUGGGAUGUGUUUUUGACCACGUUGAAGAAGGCACAGUACUCGAGGAACUCGAUGACAUGUUGGAAAUGUUCAAGAAAACGUGGGUAGUUCUGGGAAUUGAUCAACUUACUCACAACAUGCUAUUCAUGUGGGUUCUCUUCCGUCAGUACGUAAACACUGGGCAAAAAGAGCUCGAUCUUCUGGGAGCUGCUGAGAGCCAGAUGGCAGAAGUCGUGAAAGAUUAUAAAUCCGCACGCCCUGAGCAGUGGAACCUCUUGCACUCGAUACUGACAGCUAUCCAGACUUGGACAGAGAGGAGGCUGUUGUCGUAUCAUGAUUCGUUUCCUGAGGGCGCAAGAGGUCCCUUGGAGAAGGUUUUGGCUUUGGCUGUUCAAUCUGCUGAGGUUAUAGGUGAGGACAUGCAUCAAGACAAAAGACGCAAGGUGAAGAUUAGUAUUGCGAUUAGCACCGUGGACUUGUAUGUUCGAUCGUCCAUUCGGACAGCAUUUGCGCAGAUGAUGGAGAGUGUGGAUACAAGAAGGAAGGCUGCUGAUGCGCCUAUACCAGCUCUGGCGCAGCUUGCGAAAGAUACAUCUGCACUUGUGUCUAAAGAAAUAGAGAACUUUAGCCCUUCGCUGAAAGAAUGGCAUCCAUACGCAGGGGGUGUUGCUGCAGUAACUCUGCAUGCUUGUUAUAGUAGGGAAAUAAAGCAGUAUAUGUCAGGGGUGUCUGCAUUAACUGCAGACACUGUGCAAGUCUUGGAAGCUGCUGAUCAGUUGGAGAAGUCGUUAGUUCAAGUUGUCGUGGAAGAUGGAGUGUAUGCAGAAGACGGAGGUAAGGCGUUAAUCAGGGAAAUGCCGCCUUUUGAAGCUGAUCGAGCAGUGGGAAACUUAGCCAAGAAGUGGGUUGAAGAAAAGUUGCAAAUGCUGAAGGAAAUGGUUACUCUUAACGUCAGUAAGGAGAGCUGGGAGCCCAAUUCCUUGAAAGAGCGUUACGCUUCAUCGGCGGUGGAGCUUCUUCGUAUUGUGGACGAGAUGCUCAACACUUAUUUUGCACUCCCUGUGUCACAGUUCCCAGAAUUACUUCAGGACUUGGUAAAUGGCAUAGACAAUGCAUUAAAAAUUUAUGCUACCCAGGCGAUUGGUAGUUGUGGUGAAAAAGACGCUCUGAUUCCUCCAAUCCCACCUCUUACACGGUGCAAGACCAAAAAGUCUUGGUUUGGAAAAGGCAGAAGUGAUAGAGGUAGUCCCAAGCCUAAGGGCACUUUAAAGAAGGAGCCUUCCUCAGCCGCAGUUUACGACCUUCCACACAUUUGCCUGCGAAUGAAUACUCUACAUCAUCUCCUGGUUGAAGUUGAUUUUAUUGAGAAGAAGAUACGAACUGGAUGGCGAAAGGAUUCUGCUCUGUCCGGUCAUGUGCCUUCUAUGCAACCAAAUACAGAAGCAGUCGACAGCAAUUUAUACGAAACCAGGAGUUUGUUGAAGGAGGGAAUCGACAAGCUCAUGGAGAUAGCAGCAUAUAGGGUGGUUUUUGUUGAUUUGAGACCUGUUCUGUGGGACAGGCUUUAUGUGGGAGGGGUAGCAAGUUCAAGAAUCAGUGCCGUAAUCGAAGAGUUGGAUACUCAAUUGGGAAUUAUUUCGGACAGUUCCGUAGAGCAAUUGAGCAAUCGAGUAAUAGGUUCCCUGAUGCGAGCCUGUUUCGAAGGGCUUAUGCUAGUUUUGAUGGCAGCUGGUCCAAUGAGAUCUUUUACUGUAAGUGAUGCAAGUAUGUUGCAGGAGGAUCUCAAGAGUAUGAAGGAUCUUUUCAUAGCAGAUGGAGAUGGACUACCUGCAACGCAGGUGGAGAGGGAAGCAGCCUUUGCCACUGAAGUAGUCUCUCUGUUUUCACUUCCAACUUCUGAGGUUAUUCAGAGAUUCAACUCCGUUUAUGGAAUUGGGAAAGGCGGAACCAAACCAUCUCUACCUUCUAUUACGGGCACUUGGAGCGCUUCUGACCCAGAUACAUUAUUGCGAAUACUGUGUUAUCGAGGCGAUGAUACAGCUUCAAAAUAUUUGAAGAAGACCUUUCGAUUACCAAAUAAUGAGUAGAAUGUUGUUACCAUCUCAACCGGUGUCAACAAAUGUUUAGCUGAAUGUACAAAAAUCUCAAGCCAUUCCAUCCUUGGCUGUUUCCGCUUGUGGGAGUAUACUGGUGGUCCUUUGAAGACUAAGAAUAGGUGGUGUGUGUGCAAGAGGCUCGGUGCUUCUGCUGACUGGGACUCGCUCGGUGUAAGUAAUUCAUUUUUAUAUAUAUUCAUUCAGGAAACGGGACAAAGAGAUUGCUCUUGGGUAUUUAAAUACUCUCCGUGUCCUUUGUUUAAUAGGGCGCUUAUGAACACAAUGCAUAGGAUACUAUGUUUCAAAUUCCUAUUUAAUCUGUGUAGACUGUUUUUUUCGAGUGUGAUGGUUUCUGGAAAGCACCUCAAUUGACUGUUGUUUUUGUUGCAGUCUUAGAAAUAAUUCAAAAUCUUUUUCAUAGUUAUGAAUAGCUAUUUCUAAUGCACAUUGUAAUAGCAAAGGGAUGUGGAUACAGAUACAUUCUUAUUAUGCAUCA